AGCGCGCCCGCAUUGAUGGUGGUGGUCUUAUGCUGCUGGACAAGCAAACGGGAGGGUUACCCCCAGAACUGAAAUUCCAGAUCUUUCGACAUCUCGAUAUCUCAGACUUACUGAAUGCAAGUGCCUCAUGUAAAUUCUGGUACUUGGCAUUGUGCGAUGAAGUCAUAUGGGAAGCAGCUUAUGCCAAGUUGACAAGAGGGUAUCCAAUACACCAGUUCGUGGUGACCGACUGCGUAAGAAGCGUGACGCGACCCAAGUUUGUUCAACUCGAUGGCUCGGAAGACCUCAGCGCACAGUGGCUAGACGACUGGACUCAGUCCUGGAAACAACGCAGCGUCUUUGCCGUCCAUGUUCUUAAUAUCCAACGAGAGGUCACAUCGGCAGCACAACAAAAGACAAUGAUGUUUGAUCCACCUAAAUCGACACCCUUGUACUCAGCCGCCUUCAUACAAAACAUCGAGACAGCUCUUGGCGCUCCGUUUCCUAUCGACUUUGUUCUGUAUCUUUUGUAUUUUUCUCCUUAUCUCACCUUUUCGGCCUUUGAUAGCCAUCCGCCUUGCGCAUUAGCAUCCGGACCCAUAUUCCAACAGGAACCCUGGUGGAAAUCAACCAAUGCCAUCAUUCAAUUCAGUACGGUAUACCCUUCUAGCAAACGGCUGGAGGACUUGUCCCAAGCAGCUAUUGAGUUUAUGUACUCGACCCGGAUGGCAUGCUUUGGACUGGCGGAUUGGACAUUUGGAUUUCCGACCAAGGAGUUCUUGACCCUGCUGCUGGACGCCAAUUGGAAUCUUCAAGGUCAGUUACCAGGUGUGAUCAGCCGACAUGGCCUGCGCGUGGAUUUUCAAGGCAUGAAGAGUGGAAUUGGUAAAGUGUUUCGACAAACCCAGGAGAACAAGACCUAUGAACUUUGCUGCAUCGCCGAAAGCUUCACCGACUACCUUAUCCAAUAUGUCGCUACCGCCAUUACCACCGGUUACUUGCCGUCUUGGACGCUUAUGGGCUACAAUGACCUGAUGAGCACAUUACCCCGGUUGGACGGACUCCCUGUGUCGAUCUUGAUUCCUCAAGCCCAAGACUGGAGCAUUGCUCAUUAUUUGCCUACUUAUUACUCCCAGGAGAUGAUCUGCAGGUUCCCUAGUUACGAAGCCCACGUCUAUUACGAUUCCUAUGCCGACCAUCUCUCUUGGCUAACCGCCGAAGCGCUUGAUAACCCUGACCACGUUCAUCUGCCUGAUCCUCCCGUCCACAUAGCCAAUGGCUUUUAUACCCGGCGAUGGCAACCCUACUUGCAGUUCGUUGUAUCCCAAAAUGGAAUUGAUGUUCCAAACAGUUUACUUGAGCUGGAGGAGCUUUCAGUAUCACAACCUGCAAGUCAACAUAUCAAUCAAGACAUAUACCGACUUGAGCGGCAAUUGAUAGACGAUUGGAUUCAAACCUCGCCAAAUACGGUGAAAACCUGUAAAUAUAAAAGUGAUACAGAGCUACAAGAAAUACAACGCAAAACAGAUAGACUGCAAAGCGAGGUGUUCCAACUAUUUACCCAGCGGCUGCCGUUUAUCCUUUAUUAUAGCCAGCACAUCGAUGGUCUCUGCUAUCUCCAUACGUACAAGCACUUUUUGGAUCAUCUGGAAUGCCUUAAAAGUAGAAAGUUCAAGUACAAUGCCCUCGACCUUGAUUUUGUGGAAGACAGGUUUCGGUAUCUCCUUAAUUGGAUGCGAGGUGUGUAUUUGAAUCAUCGAUACUAUAUCGACUGGCAACCGGGUAUAAACGACGCAUCAGAAUCCACCCUAGACUGGUCGGAAGUUGCUGUUAGAGCCAAUAGCCUUGUAAGAUAAAGCACUUAAAAUAAAUGAAAGUGAAGGGAAGUAAAGGUCCGUUGGGGGAACCCUCCAGUAGUUAAAGCCAA